CUAUGUUUUAAUUCCAUUUGAUAACAUGUUGUGUUUGACUAAACAUAUAGCUGAAGAGAAAGCUACACACUGAAGCCAUAGGCUACAGUAGCUUGAAGAGAAGCGAACCGAAUCUUUUUCACGAGGGCGCAUCGGUUCGAUUCGUUCAACCAAAUGAUUCGUUAAAGAAUCGUUAAGAGUGAAUCAUUCGCAGUUACACUCGGAGAAAGAGACAAGCACAAUCGGUAAAAAUCAUCCUCGCUUUACUCACAUCUUUUCCCACCCCAACAGUGAUCUAUAUCUGAGGAUUCGGGGACAGAGCUCAGUAUUUCUCCGACUCUUUGGGCACUGAGAGGUUAAACUGGGCUUGAGUGAAGAGAAGCAUCCCUCGGCUGUUUAGCCGCUACCUGGGAGAAGAGGAUGGAGAGAUGGAGGCAGUAUAAGAGCUGUAGUGUGUGCUGAUCACACGAGCUUUUCCUUUCGUUCUCGAGCCAUAAUCACAGCCAUGGAGAGGAAAGAGGAGUUUUUGUGCGGGGUUGUUGAAGGUUUCUAUGGGCGGCCCUGGUCCAUGGAGCAGAGAAAAGUGCUGUUUCAGUGGAUGCAAAGAUGGGGUUUGAACACAUAUCUGUACGGGCCUAAAGAUGAUCUGAAGCAUCGUUUGCUGUGGAGAGAGGUGUACUCCACAGAGGAGGAAGCCCAGCUGAAAGCACUGGUGCAUGAAGCUGAGUCGAGAGGAUUGAGGUUUGUGUACGCUCUCUCUCCUGGUCAGGACAUUGUCUUCUCCAGCUCCUCUGACCUCACACUGCUCAAACGCAAACUUCGACAGGUGUCAGAACUCGGCUGCCAGGCAUUUGCCAUUCUGUUUGACGACAUCGAUCACUCCAUGUGUCAGGCCGAUACUGAGGCUUUCUCCUCAUUCGCUCAUGCUCAGGUGUCUGUUACCAAUGAGAUCUUCCGUUUCCUGGGGGAGCCACCUGUCUUCCUGUUCUGCCCCACUGAGUACUGCGGCUCACUCUGCUCUCCCAGUGUGUCCAAGUCUCCAUACCUGCUGACAGUAGGAGAAGAUCUUCUGCCCGGCAUCUCAGUCAUCUGGACCGGAAGUAAGGUGAUCUCUCGAGAGCUGUGUGCUGAUUCGCUGAAGGAGGUGCAGUCAGUCUUACAGCGACCUCCCCUGGUGUGGGACAAUCUGCACGCUAAUGAUUACGAUUCACGUCGUGUCUUCCUGGGGCCGUUUAAGGGUCGUCCACCUGGCCUCCAAGCUCAACUCAGGGGUCUGCUGCUGAACCCUAACUGUGAAUUUGAAGCAAACUACAUCCCUCUGCACACACUUGGGACAUGGCUCAAAGCAGGGAAGGAGAAGAGAGAAGGUAAAGGGCAUCAGUACUGUCCGGAGCGAGCGCUUUCUGCUGCACUGAAAGACUGGAUGACUGAGCUGAACCAAGCUCUACAGCCUGGACGGCAGAACAGGCCUACAGAGCACAAACCGUCUGCUCUCCCCUCCAAACCUAAACCUCCUGAAAGCUUAGACAAUCUGCAUGGAGCCCAGUCUAAAUCUCAAUCUGCUGCUGGGGCUCUGGUUCCUUCUUCCACUUCAGUGCUGAAGGUCUCGGCUGAGACUGAGAGCGAGGAGUGGGUUCCUGGAGGUCAAGGCUGGGAGAAAGCCUCAGGAAAGGGCCUGUGUGCUGCGAAAUCUCCACUCAGUGAGGCUCAAGUGCGACUGCUGGUGGGACUGUACUACCUGCCACAUGAGCAUGGCCCGCCUGCCCAGAGCCUGCUUCAGGCACUUACCUGGCUCAAAAGCCACUGCCAUUAUGUCAGUGUCAAUGGGAGCAGCAAGAAGAUGCAACCGCAGAAGAUUGAGGAGUGGCGGGUUCGGGCAGGCCGUUUUCUGGUUGCAUGUGAUGAGAUUGCGGUUCUGCAUGGCAGUGUGGUGAACAGCGUGAACAGAGCUGUGCUCUAUGACCUUUACCCAUAUGUCUGGGACCUGAGAAACACGCUGCUUGUAGCCAAGGCCUUCAUCAGCUGGCUGGAGGGUCGGGUGAUAAGUGAAAGUUCUUCACUGGGUUCCUGGAAGAAUUGUUUUCAUUGGUGUGGAGCCUCAUCAGGAGCGGAGCUUCUCAGUGUGGAGGCGGAGCCCUGGGUAUUUAAAGGAGGAUUAUCUGGGGAAGUGCAGAUGCUUCUUCCUGUAGGCACCAGCAGUGAGCUGUUCAGCCACCCCCCUCCUCUUUUCCCCACCUCUCGUCUUUACAACAUACGGCCCUUCCAGCACAAAGACAAGGUGGAGCUGUACCACAUGGUGCGUCAGCUUUAUCAGAAAACCAGAGGUGCUCAGGAUGUGACUGUGCUUCAUCCAGACUUCAUCGGUGACAGGUUUUUGGGUGCAUCUCUGGCCUUGUGCCCAGAGUACAGCUUUGUUCUGGAGGAUGAGCUGGGUGUGUGUGGGUGUGUUGCUGGCAUUCUGGAUGUACGCUCAUUUGUCAAGAGAUGCCAGGCCACCUGGCUGCCGGCUAUGAGAGACAAAUACCCCACACGUACGCACGUCACCAACGGACACACUGCCCAGAAGGAGGCGCUGCUGAGUUUGCAUGAAGAGCAGUAUUACCCAGAUUCCCUGCUGUACCACUUCCCGUCUCAGCUCCGGCUUGAGGCACUGCCUGAACUGGUGGACUGCAGUGUCAGCAGAAGUCUUCUCACGUCCCUGCUCACAGCACUCAAAGCUAAUGGUUCCCAGGGUGUCUUUUGCGAGGUGCAGCCCACAGAACGCCUAAGGCUGGAGUUCCUCACUAAGCUGGGCUUUCUGGAGAUUGUAAGGGGAGAGGCUCGCUCCACAGAGGGACUGAUCCUGGGCAGACUGCUCUAGAGCCUUAACUAGCUCACAAACAAUCACUGAUGCUAUAAUUGGACUUUUUUGGGCAAAAAUACAUGUUAAACAGCCCUGCAGUUUAAGUAGCGGUAUCACAUUAAAGGACAUAUCCUGCAUUCCAAUACAUCUUCAACAUGUCCUCAUCCACUUCUCUUUUGAUGUUUCAUUUGGAUUUAAUACACCAAUCAUGGGCCAUUAUAAUACUUUAUUAGCUCAAUAGAAGUUUGUUAAAUCUCCCUUUGUGGAGAGCACAAAUUGCCCAGAAUGCAUUAUAGUCUAACCCAGAGCAAUAAAAUACUAAGUAUUUCCAAAAUAUAAUAUUUACUCUGUUGAAAUUGGCUUUUUAAUGUAGCCGCUACUUCGUCUAUAGAUGACAGCUGAUGGAAAUUUAUUUCUGUACUCCUCUAUCUGUCUAGUAAAUCUGCUCUCCACUACACUCUCAAUCCCUCCUUCUACAAGUAGCCACUUGUGUCAUGUAGAUAAUACACACUUCCCUGUAACGGGGGAAAGUGGACGAGGGCCUCUUGAAAGCUGUAUUGGAAUACAGGGCUAUUUGAGGGCUCAAUAAGCACUUUGCCCAAGACAUGCUGUUGACUAACAGUCAACUGGCCACUGUGGCCUGGUUAGCAUGAUGCUAACUGUUCUAUACUAGCCUUUACAUGAAUAGCACCAUUAAUGUUAUGACUGGUGCAUUCCUUAAAAGCGAUGAAUGAAAUUUAUUCGCAAAUGAUUCGUACCAUUUACCAUCUUUACCAGAGCUGUUUGUUUAAAGCCUCACCACAGCACUUAGCAGGAGAGUUACUUCAAAGAUGGUUUAGUUCUAAUACAGCUGUUGCAAAUAUAAGGUCCAUCAUUGGACCUUUCUAUUUAGACAUGUAUCCGUGAAGAGCCUACAGUAAGAAAGGUGUGCAGUGGCCAUGUUUUGGUUUCUACUAAUGAGUAACACUGAAAAGUGUCCUGUGGUGUAGUCCAGCCCAAGGUAGUCAUUUUACAAUGACUAGUCUCACUCAUGCUAAAAUUAGUAGCAUUUCAACCUUCUGUAACUGUAUCUGCAUUCGCAUGAGAUUUCCUUCAGAAUCUGUAGAAAACGAAGAAUUAACCAAUCAGAAUUCUUUAAAAAGUAUCAAAUGAAAAUGAGCAAUCAUAUUGUGUUCCAUAUGUUCAAACAGAUGGACAGGCCAGUGAAGUCCACAACACAUUAAACAUGUAAGGAAUAAUUCACUCCGGUCUGUUGAAUUAUUAGAAAAUAAUGCACACCCUGAGGUGGUAAUGCGGUCACGACAUGAAGCGGAGUGACCAUUACUCCUCGGGUGUGCAUUAUUUUCUAAUAACUCAAUGGUCAAUUAUUCCGCUUAUACCACAGUUACCACACCUGAAGCCAUUGUUCAGAUGUUGAUUUCAAGACAUUUGUCAGGUUUUUGUCCUUAAAAUGCUCAUGUGUAUGGAACUAAUUUAUUACGCAUCCCAUCUCAAGCCUCUGUUGCUAAUUCCAAACCAUUAUUGUAGUGAUAGUAACGGAGGCUUGAGCCACUGAUAUGCAGUUAUUGGAGAGAGAUUUCAUAGUUGGUGUUUUUUGCUGAUAAUAUAAAAAUAGAACAAAUAAAUAAAUAAAUAUCGAUAAGCCUAAUUGUUCACAGGUUUCUUUUUUUUUAUUACAGCAGAAAAUACAAC